CCGCAGCACCCUCUGGCCGACUUCGCGAAGGCUAGGGCUUGGGCGGACGGCGCACCGUGCGCAGGCGCGGAGUUAGACCUCGCCGUAGCCCCCGUCGCCCCGGGGAGUCUCAUCCACAGUGGGUCCGCCGGCCCAUCGGGGCGCUUUCCCUCCUCUACCCUCCCGGGUUCCCCGCGCGCCCCACGCGCCCCGAUGGCGGAGCUGCGGCCUAGCGUCGCCCCCGGCCCCGCCGCGCCCCCGGCCCCCGGCCCUAGUGCCCCUCCGGCCUUUGCCUCACUCUUUCCCCCGGGACUGCACGCCAUCUACGGAGAGUGCCGCCGCCUUUACCCUGACCAGCCGAACCCGCUCCAGGUCACCGCUAUCGUCAAGUACUGGUUGGGUGGUCCAGACCCCUUGGAUUAUGUUAGCAUGUACAGGAAUAUGGGGAGUCCUUCUGCCAACAUCCCUGAGCACUGGCACUACAUCAGCUUCGGCCUGAGCGACCUCUAUGGUGACAGCAGAGUCCAUGAGUUUACAGGAACAGACGGACCGAGUGGCUUUGGCUUUGAAUUGACAUUUCGUCUGAAGAGAGAAACUGGGGAGUCCGCCCCACCAACAUGGCCAGCGGAGCUGAUGCAAGGCCUGGCGCGAUACGUCUUCCAGUCAGGGCCAUGUCAGCCUUACAGUUGCAGAGGACAACAUGGAGAAGAGAACACCUUCUGCAGCGGGGACCACGUGUCUUGGCACAGCCCCUUGGAUAACAGUGAGUCAAGAAUCCAGCACAUGCUGCUGACAGAGGACCCCCAGAUGCAGCCUGUACAGACCCCGUUUGGGGUGGUGACCUUCCUCCAGAUUGUCGGGGUCUGCACUGAGGAGCUGCACUCGGCCCAGCAGUGGAACGGGCAGGGCAUCCUGGAGCUGCUGAGAACAGUGCCUGUGGCUGGUGGUCCUUGGCUGAUAACUGACAUGCGGAGGGGAGAAACCAUAUUUGAGAUCGAUCCACACCUGCAACAGGAGAGAGUUGACAAAGGCAUCGAGACUGACGGAUCUAACCUGAGCGGUGUCAGUGCCAAGUGUGCCUGGGACGACCUGAGCCGACCUCCCGAGGACGACGAGGACAGCCGGAGCAUCUGCAUUGGCACGCAGCCCCGGAGGCUCUCUGGCAAAGACACAGAGCAGAUCCGGGAGACCCUGAGGCGAGGACUGGAGAUCAACAGCAAACCUGUCCUUCCACCAAUCAACACUCAGCGACAGAACGGCCUCACCCACGACCGGCCUCCGAGCCGCAAAGACAGCUUGGAGAGCGACAGCUCCACGGCCCUUGUCCCCCACGAGCUGAUCCGCACUCGGCAGCUGGAGAGCGUCCAUCUGAAAUUUAACCAGGAGUCAGGGGCCCUCAUUCCCCUCUGCCUCAGGGGCAGACUCCUGCAUGGCCGGCACUUCACCUAUAAGAGUAUCACAGGUGACAUGGCCAUCACCUUCGUGUCCACGGGAGUGGAAGGCGCCUUUGCCACUGAGGAGCACCCUUACGCAGCUCAUGGACCCUGGUUACAGAUUCUGUUGACGGAAGAGUUUGUAGAGAAAAUGUUGGAAGACCUGGAGGAUCUGACUUCUCCAGAGGAAUUUAAACUUCCCAGAGAGUACAGCUGGCCCGAAAAGAAGCUCAAAGUCUCCAUCCUCCCUGAUGUGGUGUUCGACAGUCCGCUGCACUAGCCUGGGCUAGGCCCUGCAGGGGCCAAGAGGGGCUCAGCGCCCCCAGUGACUUCAGUGGGACAGCUGUGUAAAGGACGAGUGUGAGGAGGACCGCAGAGCGCUGCACCCGCCACAGGCCCCACCUCACCUCCAGCUCAGGGGCCUCACGCCCAGCUGCCGAGCCCACGUGACCAGGCCUCUGUCCUACACGCCAGUGGGUGAGUGAGGCUGCACCUGCAAACCUCCCCACCCACCUGCUGCUGCCGCAGGUUCAACUGACGUGCUCCGAGGAAGGGACAGCCGUGCCAGACUGCCAGUUCAACCCCAGCAGCCUUUGCGCACGCAGUCAGGCUGCUCCAGCCUGUGGAACGAUUGCUCCUGUCACGGUUGUUGUUCCUUCCUUAGUUUGUUGUGGAAACCCGACGGUCUUCUUACUGCUCAGCAAAGAUGGUCCAGAAGCCAUGUCUAUAGUGGAUUUUAAACAGGACUUUAUUUAGAUGAACUUUGUCAUUCUCUUAGACAGGGGUCUGGGGGCUCUGCCUCCCCCACACCCUCUGCCCAAGAAGGUGCCUGGUGCUGUCUGUCAGCUCUGAGCCCUGGAGGAGCUUGAGCUAGGGAACAGCCUGGGGGCCAGAUAUGCUAUGGCCUAGAAGGGUGCCACUGCCUUCCAAAUGAACUAGGCUUCCACGAGGCUCUGAGGACAGUAGGCACUCAAGGACAUGGUGGUCCCAGCUUUGUCUUCCAGCCCUUUCUACCCAACCAGGCCUGCCAAGGAGAGGGUAAAGCCCACUGCCCCCAUCCUGCUCCUCAGGGCCUCCAGCUCUUUGAUUUCCCCGUCCCCUGGAUUCGCAGCCCCGCUGGGCUGUAAGGACUUUAGCUUAUUAAAAACGGAAACGUCAACCUCUCCUCGUCCCUUUCAUGUUAAUUCUGCUGACACCGCUCUCUGUGGCCCUCCAUCCUUCCCACAUCCAUUCUUUACUCAUUCUUCAUCCUUGCCUUUCCCUGUAGCCUGGCCCCUUGUGUGGGCCUCAUCCUUUUUUUCUUUUUCGAGACAGGGUUUCUAUGUAUAGCUUUGGAGUCUGUCCUGGAACUCGCUCUGUAGACCAGGGUGGCCUCGAACUCACAGAGAUCCGCCUUGCUCUGCCUCCCGAGUGCUGGGAUUAAAGCGGUGUGCCACCACCGCCCAGCUGUGGGCUCGUUCUUUCACCCCCAGAACUGUAGAUCUGCACGCCUUCCAGGAGCCAGCCUGUCUCUGGCCACAUUGGAGGGCUGCUUUUGAGGUACCCCCCACUUCCGUCCGACCUGGCAUUGGCACGCCCCUUUGCUGCAUGCCUGCCUUCCCCUCUAGGUCUGGGGUUCUUUCUUCAUCCUUUAAGUUCAUAUCUCUCCAAAGGAAAGGCAUUUUGUCUGUCAGGGACUUUGAAAGAGCUCCACCACUCUGCCUCCACCACCUAAGACGUGCGGCCAGGGUACCACAGGAGGCCAAAGAGCUGCCUGCAGGGCCCUCAAGGAACCUAAGCUGUUAACUCCAAGGCCAGCACUCUGAGAGGCUGGCUGCAGGCCCCCAGCAGCCAGGAUACCAGCCUCUCUGGAGCAGACACCAUGCUGCCGGAGACGUUCCCACAAGGGACACUUCCAACCCUGCCUUUUGAAAGCUCUUGUCUUCUGAAAGUUCGGGCCAAGAGAUGCUCUCAGUUUACCUCCAUUCCUUCUCCUCUUGACCAGUGUGGUAGUAAUUCCCCUCCCCCAUUCUCCCGGAGACCUGCCUAAGGGCCCCUGCUGCAUUCUGCCCUACCUCCAUUGGCCUGGCUUGGGGGCGAGAAUGUGAGCUAUGAGCUGCCUUUGUCCUUAGUGUGUGUGACUCCUGGUCAACUGCUUGCCCGAGGCCUACAAGGUCUUUGCAGACUGGUGGUUGCCACCACCUGCUUGGUGGCCCUAUUGAGGAGCAGGGAAAUGGCAGGCAAGCUCCAAAGAGAUGUCAACAGGGCCUGAGGUCUCUCCUGCCUCGAUCCUGUCAGGAACCUCAGGAAUGUCUAAAAUCCUGCUGGGACCAGAACCCAGCAUUCCUUAGUGCAGUGGCUCUCAGAGGCCUGGUGUGACCAGGCCUCCUUUCCCUUGGGCUCUGGUUUCUUCCAGAGGGUUCUCAGGGAACAGGUUCGCCCACUGGGCUGCUGCCUAGGAAGGAGGGCCCCUAACAUCAAUGGAGCAAGACCUACCUUGUCAUGGCACAUGAUGGGUGCUCUGUACGGGGGCCUUCCUUUCCCUCCCUGCAGCCCUGUGGGGCUGUUAGCCCAUCCUGAGGAGGGGUUCAGGAGUGUACCCCCCUCCCCCUGGUCUUCCUCCAGGCUGUCCCCAUCCUUGGACCUUCCAGGUCCUCGGGACCAGAGCUUCCGAAAGGAAGGACCUCUGCCCUCCUGUUAACUAGAGCUCCCCUGGGCCUAGGUGGGCCGUAGAGGGUCGCAAUGCCGGCUGCCACACUGGGGAACAGUGUUCUCCUCUUCCAAGUGUGGCAUGCUGCCACAGGGCCUGUGGGGGCCUUGGGUGCCCAAAGGGGCCAGGACAUCUGCAGUCCAGACCCUGGGUGCUGGGACUGAGUUUUGAGAUUGAGUUGAGAGCAGGGAGAGGGUCUGAAGUUUGUGCCCCUAUGGGGUGGACCAGCCCAUUACUCCCUGAACUGUAUUUUUUUAAUGUCUUCCCUCCCUGGCUUCCCGGAUCUCGGUGCCAGGUGAGGGGUCUGGGUCCCUGUUACAAGUCAGGAGCCCUAUAGGGAGACCCCUUCUUUUGUACAGAGAUCUGAAUGCUGCGAUGAGCAGACUUUUGUACAUUUUUAUAUUAGUUUUUAAUGUCAGUGGCGACUCAGUUCCUGGGGCUACAGCUGGCUCAGGACUUUUGUAAGACAUUUUGAGUGACUCACUUAGAUUUUGUUCCCACUUGCCCCUCUUCCUCUGUAAUCUAAGUGCAUUAAACAUAUCUGCAGAAGUG